UUAUAGCUAACGUUAACUAACGUCAACUGAAUUCAAAAUGUCUAGUGAAGCCGAAACGUAUGAGAAACCCGGGCUUUCAUUAACCAAGGCGGUGGAGGAUGUCAGCCAACAUGGCUUUGCCCAGACUGAGGCCCUGAAAGAGAGACAGAAGACACUCCUCACCCUGCAGGCAUCUCUUUCAGACGUGGAGAGGACAGGUGAGAUGGCGGAGCACGAGCUGAGAUCUAACGUGAGGGAAUCCCUGAUGCUGGAGGCCCAGACGGAGCACCUGGAGCGCCAGACGAGCCUCCUGCGAGGUCGCUGCGGGGCCAUCUGCAAGGAGAACACGGAGCUCCAGAGCAGCAUAACUGAGGAGGAGGAGAGCGCCGGCAUGGCGCGGGCCGGGUUCAACGCUUACCGAAGCAAGAUGGAGGGUCACAGAGCGGCUGUUCUGCAUGCAGCGAGCCGGACGGAGGCCCACAGAGAGCUGGAGGAGAAAAGGAAACUGGUCAGGGUGCUCACACAGAAGAAAGAGGAGCUGAAGGUCGAUCUGGAGGAUCCAAAUGGAAACACGUUGCUGAGUGCAAAGAGCGAAAAUGACGCUCUGAAGAGGCAGAUCUUGGCCAGGAGGGAGGCGAUAGCUAAGAAGAGAGCGCAGCUGCAAAAAGAGCGUGAGGCUCAUACUCAGAUCAAGAAAGACGUAGAGAUCCAGAACCGGCGCUAUGAAGCCAUCGUCAAGCGCCUCCACUGCCAGCUGGGCCGGGCGCAGGCUGUUCACAGGCAAAUGUCUGUAGACGUCUACCGCAUGGAGAGGCAGCUAGCCGAGCUCAAAGGGCAGCUGGAGGCCCCCCGGGACCCAAACGAACCGAGCCCCCCCCUGUAUGAACCGGAUGAACAUGUUUUAUGAUGGAGGAUCCAUUUGUUAUCCCCUUAUUGGGGGGGGGGGUCUGUGUCCAUGUGUUUACCGAGGAGCGGUUGCUGUUACUACUGUUGAACAGCUGGGGGCAGCAGUGUUAACUAAGUGUCCAGACAUCUGUUUCACUUCAUCACAAAGCCCUCACCUCCACCAGCUUAGUGUUAACACAAAGGGUCCCGGUGAAUGUUUUCCUUUAAAUG